AGAAGCGUACUUUCUCGAUCUGUCUCCGGCUCCGCCACGUUGCUUCCGGUUUCCGCCGAGGCGAGGUUGGUCUCUGUUUGUUUGGCCCUACGUUCUAGUAGGUAAAAGCCACAGAGAAGCUGACAUUUGGCACCAAGCUGUGAUUGCACAGUCCUCUCAUGUCUCAAAGAGUUAGGACAAUGGACACAUCUGAGGGGUUGGUGACAUUUGAGGAUGUCUGUGUGGACUUCACCUGGGAUGAGUGGCAGGACCUGGAUGAUGCUCAGAGGAAGCUCUACAGGGAUGUAAUGCUGGAGACCUACAGCAGCCUGCUGUCCUUGAACCAGUGUGAUCCCAAACCUGAGUUGAUCCUGAAGUUGGAACAAGAAGCUGGGCCAUGGAAGGCAGAAGAUGCCCUAAACCAGAGCCUCCCAGAUAUGCAGCAUGUGAAUGACCCAAAUGAGAUCAGCCAGGACAAUCGACAGAUACAUGGAUGCAAUCUGGUAAUUGCCAAGAGCAGCACAUCAGCUGAGGAGAGGGCCAAAGCAGGAAAAACACUUACUAGUUCAAACUGUGUUUUAAGGCUGGCUGUAAAGAGUAACAUGUCUUCUGGUAUGAGACCUAGGGCACUUAAUAUGUGGGAUAAUGCACUUCUUCCUAGUGAGCCCAGUGAGAUGCAGGCUGUAGAGGAACUUGAUCUUCCUAAUGUAACCAGGAUGUCCCCCAGAUUUCCUGAGCCUCUUAGUCUAUAUCACAGUACUAAAUGUGAAGAACAGCAUUUCCAGUAUUGUGGGCAUGGCAAAGCUUUUCACACGAAGACAAUGUGGUUACAGAAUGCAUUUCCUAUCAGAGAUCCCUCCAGUAAGUUGAAGAACUACAAGAAAGGAUUAGAAAAGUUAGCUUUUCCUACCCAAGGGGGGAUCGAGGUACAGGAGCAAACUUUUGAAUGUAAAGUGUGUGGAAAAUUGUUCUAUAAAAAUUGUCAUCUCACACAGCACUUAAAAACACACAAAGAAAAGAAAUGUUAUAAAGGUAAUGAUUGUGAGCCAAUAUUCAGUAUACAAUCAAACGUCCCAAAACAUCAGCAUUUGAAUGUGGGAGAAGAAUCUUAUACGUGUAAUGAAGAUGAGAAAUAUACUUGUCAGAAACCAGAAAAGAGUGUUCAGCAGAGAAUCAUGGGGGAUGGAAAGAAUGUGUAUAGGAAAACUAUUUGUUCAAAAUUAAAUCACAGUGUUCAACAAAGUCCUCACAAGAAUGAGAAAUCCCAUGAAUGCAGUAUAUCUGGAAAAACAAUUAUAAAGUCAGACCUUCAGCUUCAGACACCGCACAGAUAUGAGAACGCAUAUGAAUGCAAUACAUGUGGGAAAACAUUUAACCAUACACCACAUGUUUACUCACAUUCGAGAGCUAACACAGCUGAGAAACCCUACGAGUGUAGAGACUGUCAGCAGUCAAAACUCAUUGUGAAUCAGCAAACUCACACGCAGGAAAAACGCUACGUGUGUAAUGUAUGUGGAAAAGGCUUUUACAAAAGAGCUCACUUGAAUGCACAUCAGAGAACUCACACAGGUGAGAAGCCAUAUGACUGUAAGGAAUGUGGGAAAACCUUUAGGCUGAAGUCAUUUCUUGUUGUACAUCAAAGAAUUCACACAGGUGAAAAGCCCUUUGUAUGUAACACAUGUGGGAAAAGUUUCAAGCAGAGGACAAGUCUCUACACACACAUAAGAAUUCACACAGGUGAGAAACCCUAUGAAUGUAAAGAAUGUAGGAAGUCUUUUAUCCUCAAGUCAUAUCUCACUGUACAUCAGAGAACGCAUUCGGGUGAGAAGCCCUAUGAGUGUGAUGUAUGUGGAAAAGCCUUUAAACAGAAUUCUCACCUUCAUGCACAUAAGAGAACUCACACGAGUGAGAAACCCUAUGAGUGUAUUGUGUGUGGCAAAAGUUAUAAGCAGAGUCCCAGCCUCUAUACACAUAAGAAAAUUCAUACAAGUGAGAAGCCCUAUGAAUGUAGACAGUGCAGGAAAUCAUUUAGUUUGAAGUUCCAUCUCACCAGACAUCAGAGGACUCACUCAGGUGGAAAAGACUAUCAAUGGUUCUAUAGAUUGGCUGUAGCGAUGUCACUAGAGAUCCAGAUGCUCAAGAACUUAAGACGGUUUCACACGCUCUGUGAUCGGGACCGUCCCGCGCACUUCCGGUCUGUUUCCGGCGACUCCAUCUUGCUUCCGGUUUCUGCGGCGAGAGCGAGGAAAAUGAACACAGUUGUGGGGUUGGUGACAUUUGAGGAUGUCUGUGUGGACUUCACCUGGGAUGAGUGGCAGGACCUGGAUGAUGCUCAGAGGAAGCUCUACAGGGAGGUGAUGCUGGAGACCUACAGAAGCCUGCUGUCCUUGAACCAGUGUGAUGCCAAACCUGAGUUGAUCCUGAAGUUGGAGCAAGGAGCUGGGCCAUGGAAGGAAGAAGAUGCCCCAAACCAAAGGCUCCCAGCUAUGGAGAAUGGAAAGAGCCUGAACGACACCAGUUGGGACAAUCAAAAGAGAUAUUUGAACUACCUGGUAAUCACUGGCAACUCAUCAACUGAGGAGAGGGUCAAAUUUGGGGAACUAUUUAAUAUGAGUUCAAACCAUGUUUUACGCCUGGCUAUUAAGAAUAGGAACUCUUCCAAAAUGAGAUCUGAGGUGCUUGAUAUAUGGGAAAGUGUGUAUCUCCCUAGUGAGCACAGUGAGAUGCAGCCUAUAGAGGAACUUGAUCCUACUACAACAAGGAUGUCAUGUGGACCUCCCGAGCCUCUUAGUCUGGAUCACCGUGUUGAAAGCGGGCAACAGCACUUUCAGUGUAGUCAUCACGACGAAGCCUUCAGCAUGAACUCUGUAUGGACACAUAAGGUGUUUCCUCUGGGAGAUAAUUCCAGUAAGUUAAAGGAAUGUAAACUGGCUCUUAGUGCCCAAGAGGGAACUCACAUAACGGAAGAAAUUUUUGAUUGCAACUUCUGUAAGAAGUCAUUCUCUGACAAGUGUAGCCAUACUCAGCAUUUGAAAACAUGCAUAAAGAACAAAUGUGAUAAACGUACUGAUUGUGAGCCAGCAUUCCAUACAAAACCAGGCCUUGUAAAUCUCCAGAGCAAUCUGCAUGCAUGGGAAAAGGCCUGCGUGUGUAAUGACAAUGAGAAAUGUGUGUGUCAGAUGCCAAAACAGAGGGUUAAUCAGAGUGUCUUCUCAAGUAAAGAGAGUCAUUGUGUGAAAAAAAUCAGUGUGCACCAGAGACCUCACACAGGUAGAAAACCCCAUGAAUGCAAUACAUCUGCAAAAAUCAGCAAGCAGCCUCGUAGACGGCACAGAUGUGGGAGAAGCUAUCAGUGCAAGGUAUGUGGGAAAGCCUUUAAGCACACGCAAAACCUCUACUUACACUACAGAACUCACACUGGUGAGAAGCCAUAUGAGUGUAAAGAGUGUAAGAAACUGUUCAGUGUGAAGUCCAAUCUCAGUGUACAUCAGAAAACGCACACAGGCGAAAAACCCUACGAGUGUAACAUAUGUGGAAAUGCCUUUAAAAGGAGGUGUGACCUAACUAUCCAUCAGAGAGUUCACACAGGUGAGAAGCCCUACGAAUGUAAAGAAUGCAGGAAAACCUUCAGUAUAAAGUCAGGGCUCAUUGUGCAUCAGAGAAUUCACACAGGUGAGAAGCCAUAUGAAUGUAAUGUAUGUGGAAAACGUUUUAACCAGAAGUCAAAUCUUUCUACACAUGAGAAAAUUCACACAGGUGAGAAACCUUUUGAAUGUAAAGAAUGUAGGAAAUCAUUUAGUGUCAAGUCAUAUCUCACUAUACAUCAAAAAACUCACUUGGGUGAGAAAGCAUGCAUGAAAUCUGGGGAAGCCUUCUGUCAGAAGACAAACCUCCACAGACAUCAUAGAGCUUACACAGGUGAGAAACCUAGGAACAUAAAAAAUGUAGGAAAAGUUUAAGUCACUUGUCAUCCCUCCCUGAACCUCGGGUGAAGAUUCCUGUGGAAGUAAAGGUUGCAGGGAAUCUGUUAGCUCUAAGUCAAAUCUCAUUAAUUAGUGAAUCCAAAACAUAAGAGACCUACCAGUGUGGGGUAUGUUCAGAGACUUCUGCCAGAUGUCAGACUCUAGUUGUUCGAGAACUCUUCCAGGUGAGAAACCCUCUGUCUAUAAGGUCUGGAAGACUGGAGGAUUCAUACUGAUGAGAAACCCUGUGAGUGUAGUUAUGUAUGUGCAAAGCCCUUUAUUCAGAAGUCCCAUCUCUGAAUUUGAGUUCACACAGGUAAGAAGGCCUGUGAAUACAAAGAAUAUAGGAAAGCAUUUCAGACAUUUGUCAUCUCUCCAUGUGAAUCACAGAACUCAGAGUUGAGAGAUACUUAUCAGUGCAUUCUCUAGAACGAUCACCUGCCACAUGUCAAAUCUAUAUGCACAUUAGAGAAACCUCACAGUUGAGAAGCCUGGAUGUCAGAACUGGGAAACAUUUCUAACAAAUGUACACUGGAGUACUUGAAAAUGGAAAGGGGAGGAGAUCUCAACAACAGAUAUAACUCACUGCACAUCAAACACACACAGCUGAGUAACUGUUUGAAUGCAGUGUAUGUGGAGAAACCUGUCCCCGGAUGUCAGGUCUCAGCAGUCAUUAGGUGAGGAGCCCUCUAAAUGUGAGUCACCCUUCACUGCGUACCAAAGAAGACAGGUAGGAUAAGCCAUAUCAAUUUAAUAUGUGCCAGCUGCCUCCACUAGAGAUCCACACAAACACAAAACCCUGUGAGUAUAAAAAUUGAAGAAAACAAAAACCUGUGAAUUUAAAGAAUGUAGAAAAUAUCUCUUAUUCUUGGGGUAUGUGCAGGAACUGACAUAGGUAACCAUGCUCCCACCAGGUAAGUAUAACAGACAUUUGUGUGCAUCAGGAUACCCAUCACUACCGAGGAACCACAAGACUGUGAUAUAUAUGGACAAGACUUUUACCAAAUGGAAACACUCUGGAUAGCUUGUGGGCUGGAAGUACAUGAAUGUAAUGUAUGUGGCCAACCCUUUUAUGGGAAGUUGACCUCCACAUCGGAGAAGUCAUCAGAGAGGGAAUGCUGUUAACAUGUGGGAAAGCAUAUUUAGAAUGGUUAUGGAUAUGGAAAAUGUCCUUGUGAGAAGUCCUGUAAGCAAAGGUCUCAUGUGCUAAGAUUUACCUUUUUUUUUUUUUUUUUUUUUUUUUUUUUUUUGCUCUAAGAUUGGCAGCCUAUAUGUGUAGUGUUAUGGAGAAAACAUGGCCAGAGCUCUGUAGCAACUUUAACAUUGGUUGUGGCUCUUUUGUUUCCUGCCUCAACCCCCAGUUCCUGCAAUGCAUUAUCCCUGGAUUUGUGCUCAUGGCCUGAAAGCAGAUACACUUGUCUUUGGAGAGAAGGUGGGAUAGAGAAUGACAGUGAUUUAUAGACAUGCUUUAUUGGUAAGAGCAGAGGCUUUAUAUGUGUUUGUAAGUCUCUGUAUAAGUGAUGUAACCUUUUUGCAACAUAAUGCAAAAUCAUCAAAACCCAUUUAAAAAGUAUUUCAGACAGGGGAUCUUUCAUGUUAGAAAGUUCACCCAGGAGAGGGUCCUUCUUGUCACCUUUGUAUGUUCAAGCCAUUUUGUGGAGAAAAAGAAACAUGAAAUUUCAAUAAAUUUGAAAUGCCUUACCUGGCACCACCAUUUCAUUUAAGAGAUACUAAAGUAUGUUUCAUAUGUGAAACAUAUGUGUAUCCAUAAAACAUUGAAAUUCAUAUAUAUCAGAAAUCAUUCAUAAAAUGAAAUCGUCAGUUUCUAAGAAGUGUUAAUUAUAAUAUUAAAAUUAUUUUUGAGCUAGGUGUGGUGGCAUGUCUUAAAUCCCAGAACCCAGGAGACAGAAAGCAGUCAGAUAUCUAUGAGUUUGAGGCCAGCCUGAUCCACAGAGUUUUCCAGGCCAGCAGGGCUACAUAGUGAGAUCCUGUCUAAAAACAAACAAACAAACAAAAAACUGUUGAACAUGCUAGAUGAUAAAUAUUUAGUGCCUGAUGCAGUGGUUUGAUCUAUAUUUGAGGACUUUGUGUUUGUCACAACCAGUUUCAGAGAGGCAACUGACACUAAUGGAUACCAGGGAUGCAGCUGAGCUCCCUGAGGACUCUGUUGUCAUUUUCCUGAGGAGGCAUGAACAGAGAUAUGUACUCAGCCCAGAUAGGGCACUGACAACAGCUCAAAUAAACAUUUCUGUCAAACUCCGGUCUGGUGAAUCCAGUGAGUUUGUUGAGGUUACAGGAAUAUGGGUGAGAGGUUGCCUAGCAGGAGUAGGAAUGAUUCCACAGCUGCACCACUGAAAAGCCUACCGAAGCAUGGGGAUGACUUGUGAAAACUGAAACGCUUUCAGGAAACAAAGUAGGCCACAUAUCUAUCAGGUCAGAGAGUCUCCUCCCUUCCCAGCAGCCCGUCCUGUUUUUAUAAACUUGGAAAAGGAAUGGGCCUUGUGCAUCUUACACAUUUUGGGGCUUCGUGAGACUUAGGGGUUUAUAUCCUAGUCUUAAUGAGCCUUCCUCCAGGAUGGGAAUGUUUUAAUUCAGAAGGUACUGGUACACAUCAGGCACAACAUAUCCUGAUAUACGUAAGGUUUGUGCAUAUGAUUUUAUCACAUUAGCAGAUGUUCUCUGUAUGCAGGACAUGCAGGAAAUACACUUAUUGUAAUCUUAAUUGUGAUUUUACAUUAGGAUUGUCUACCUUAAAUAUUAUCCUAGCCUAUUUACAUCUUAUAAGCUUCUAGUUUGUAUUUUCCUAAUCUUUUAACAUAUAAGUGUAUAUGGUGUUUGUCACCAACUAUCUGCCAAGUAUUGAUGUUUGUGUUUUUCUAACAUGGUGAUGUCCUAAAGUGAGCCAGUGUUUCUAAGAGAAUAAGUAUCAGGGUAGAAAAACAUGAAUAAAGAUAUUUUUCACUGCUA